CAACGCCGGAGGUCUGUGUUCCCCUGCUCGUCCCGCGACUCAACGCCAGCCUGAUUCUAGGUUGGGCCCGAAGCCCGGCUCACGACGUGUAGGCAGCCCAGCCACGAUGCCCAGUGAAACUCUCUGGGAAAUUGCAAAAGCUGAAGUCGAAAAAAGAGGGACUAGUGGAAGUGAACACAAUGGAGUUGAAAUUGGAGAAAAAUCUGUUUUCUUCAUCGGCAGUAAAAAUGGGGGAAAGACUACUAUUAUUCUAAGGUGUCUUGACAGGGAUGAGCCACCAAAACCAACCUUGGCUUUGGAAUACACCUACGGACGAAGAGCAAAGGGGCACAACACACCCAAAGAUAUUGCUCACUUUUGGGAACUGGGUGGAGGAACCUCUUUAUUGGAUUUAAUCAGCAUACCAAUCACAAGUGACACCUUACGGACAUUUUCUAUUGUUCUUGUUUUGGAUCUAUCAAAACCAAAUGACCUUUGGCCCACCAUGGAAAACCUGUUGCAAGCCACAAAAAGCCAUGUGGAUAAAGUGAUAAUGAAGUUGGGAAAGGUGAAUUCUAAAGCAGCUUCUGAAAUGAGACAGAAGAUUUGGAGCAACAUGCAGAAGGACCAUCCAGAUCGUGAAUUAAUUGACCCAUUUCCAAUACCUCUGGUCAUCAUUGGAAGUAAAUAUGAUAUUUUCCAGGAUUUUGACUCUGAGAAGAGAAAAGUAAUAUGCAAGACACUUCGAUUUGUUGCACAUUAUUACGGAGCAUCAUUAAUGUUCACCAGUAAAUCAGAAGCUCUGUUACUAAAAAUACGUGGAGUUAUCAACCAGUUGGCAUUUGGCAUUGACAAAAGCAAAUCAAUAUGUGUGGACCAGAAUAAACCACUGUUUAUCACAGCAGGAUUGGAUUCUUUAAGUCAAAUAGGGUCUCCUCCUGUUCCUGAUAAUGACAUUGGCCAGUUUCAUGCCCAUUCACCAAUGGAACUGUGGAAAAAAGUAUAUGAAAAGCUCUUUCCACCAAAGAGUGUCAACGCACUAAAAGACAUCAAGGACCCCGCACGAGAUCCUCAGUACGCUGAAAGUGAUGUUGAUGAGAUGAGAAUACAGAAAGAUCAGGAGCUGGAACAGUACAAAAAGAGUUCUUCCAAGUCUUGGAAACAAAUUGAUCUUGAUUCCUGAAUCUAACUCAGCUGUUGUGUAUCUACUUAUUUCUCUUUUCCCAAACACAAGUAAGAUUCUUUUAUUACCUAUUGUGACAAAAAUGUGAAGAAAGCUAUGAUACCUAAUUUUUUAAAGGAAAAGCCAAAUUUCUUGUACUAAUGCAAUUCCCUGGAUAUUUGAAGUCUUUCAAAAGGGGGGAAAUGUGUAAGCAUAUAUACUAUUUUUUAAAAACAUUAAAAAAAACUUUCACAGCCCACCUGCAACACAUUUCAGAGUAGUGUAUACUCAGCUUUGCAUGUAUGAUUUAUGUUUUAAGAAAUAUGAAUGCAAGAGUAUUUGGUCUCAGCUUUAAAUAUGUGUUGAGCAUGCAUGUUGGAUACAUUUCUUCUGCAAGUGUAAGGUGUGCUCAGCUGUAGCUGGUAGGAAACCGGCUCUGGGCUCACAAGUGUCAUGAUUUUACUGUUAACAGUGAGACAAAAGAAGCACCUGAAGUUGUGAUUUAAAUGAACAUUCCUGGCACCCCACACCCAAAGAUUCUUAAUCAAUUGUUUGGAAUGGAGCAUAUCUUAUCAGCACUCCCACACACAGUGAGAUUGAUACAUGUAUUUUAAAUGUCACUUUUUGAAACACAGGCAAAUUUAAGGAGGUGGCCCUUCAGUAAGCAGGCUGGAACUUGAUGAGUUGGGGAUAAGCAGGAGCAUUUCCAGGGUGGGAUAACCUAUGAGAAGCCCUCCUGUUCUGCAAAUUUAUGCACCUGCUAGACAAGUUCAGUUCUAACUACCAUCAUUAACCUGGCCAUUCAUUUAUUCGCUGGUCUCCAUUUCCAUGUAUCAAAUAUGUUUAUUCAAGUAUGCCACACACCCAGCUUCCCAAAAAGCAUAUUUACGAACCUCAAGAAUACCAAAAUUGGUGGGCAGUGUCUGAGUGAUUAGAGAGCUCUCUGACGGCUACAGUGAAAUAGGACUUCAUACACUGUUUGCAUAUGGUUUGGACACUCCAGAGAAGAGAAUUUUCAGCAUGUUUCCAAGGAACCUUGGACUCAAGAACAGACAGAUGCCUGCCUGAGCACUGUGGAGAAAGAGCUCCCUUUAAAGUCAUAGUGAACAUCGCGAUCUCAGAAGCAUCACUGAUUUGCUGGGAAGAGCGAGCCUAUUCCACAAUAUAACAGGAAUUUUCAUUUUAUAAUUUGAUUUUCUUACACAUCACUGUCCAUUUUUCACUUAAGACACCAACUGUCACAUGUUGAAAGCUAUAGUGUUUUCCUAAGGUGCUAUCACUAACAUUUAAUAGCUUGAAGUCACAUGCAAUGUCAAUUUUCCAAAUGUUUGAGCUAGAAUGAAGUUCAUCUGCAUAUGAAUAGAAAACGUUUCCACUUACAUUGUACACCCAUAUCUUUAGUAAGCUGAAAUCAGUGAUUUCAAAAGAGGUUCCUGUGGGACUCUCUUUGAACUACUUUAAUAGAUUAUCCUCCCCAGGAUUGUCUAUAACUGAUGUGACAUAUAUAAUCUGUAAGGCAUUAUGUAACUAUUAUACCAUAAUCAUCAGUGUCAAAGACCUUUUAUAAAAAUUGACAGUGCUAUUCUGGUAAUUUACCAAUGUCUCCAGAUCCUUAAAUAGUGUUCUAUGAAAUAGAAUUUUACUGUGGCUUCCUUAAUGAAAUGAUCUUUCCUACUAUCAUGUGAGACAUUUCAAGUGCUAUAAUUUAUUAUUCUUUACAACAUAGGUCACAGUUACUGAACAAGUUCAUAUGCUGGCUUCUAUAGUCUUGUCAAAGUUACCAUGGUAACCUUGAGACAGUUUCAUUUCAGACUUGAACUUGAGUUACGUGAAGAUUAAUCAGAAAGAUAAUCAGUCAUUCGGUGGAGAACCCAUUUUUAAUUUUAUAUAUAUAUAUAUAUAUAUAUAUAUAUAUAUAUAUAUAUAAUUUGAGCCCUGGAAAUAUGUAACAUAGGUGUCUGUACUUGUAUUUGUCAGGAUUCUUCUCUUCACAAGUUCAAGAAUGUGAAUUCCUAGUGGGUAAUCCUGUUCUUCCUAGUGUAAAUGUUGUGUCAGUUGAGAAUUUUUUCUAAAUGGACUUGAAAUAACAGCUGCUCUAAAACCUUAAAGAAGUCAUUU